CACGCUUGGUGCAUCCCUGGAAUGGAGGACAGCGGCAACUCAAAGCUGAAUCAUUGUUCGUCACCCGUGCGGCCGCCGUAGUACGGUACCGUUCCAAAUAUAUCACGGCCUGAUAAUGCCCAAGCACGUACUUCACCUUCCGCAGAACUUAUGAGAACGAUUUAUCGAAUAGGCAAGCGUCGUAAUGGCCAGCCUGACCGCGCCCAGCAUCACAACCCUGCUCUCCAACUUAUCCCAGGAUGAAGGAUUUGCCGCCUUGUUGAACGACAGUUCUCUGCAAGCGCUGUACUGCUCUGGAGCAGGAGGUGACACAGGAUCGAUAUGCGCAAUAUGCGCGAACACCGACAUUGCAGGUAUAGGCGUACGAGUCGCCUUCUACGCGCAGGCCAUCUUCAAUGCUCUCCAAGUCCUCUACUCACCAGACGACUCCACCUCCGGCCAAUGGGCCGCAGUCAUCCUCACUCUUGCCCUCCUAAUCCCUGCAACAACCCAGAAAGCGCAGGGCAACCUAACCCUCUUCCAUGCCUCGCUCGUACUCAACUUCGCGACGCUCUCGACUCUGGCCAGUCUAGCUGUGGCACCGAGAUGCACCGUUUGGCGGGCGGAGGAUAAGGGAUCUGGGCGGAAGAGGGAGACGAGAGGGAGGGUGGUGUUAAGCCUAGCGCUGGUCAUCCAGCUGAUAAGGAAUCAGCUCGUCCUCCAAUGGUCCUGGGCAGUAUACAUGUUCACCUCGCCCUCGUAUGCCCAACCCGUGUGCAACGGUCCCACCCUCCUGCUCUUCUUCGGCUACCCAAUAUUCGCCUCCUCCAUCGACCCGCACCUCCAACCCCCGGGUGCCCUAGCCCACAAGAGUUAUUUCUUCAUCUACCCAUUAUGGCUACUCUUCUCAAUGGGCCUCACCAUGGGGUAUUUCGCGAUCCUCUCCAUAUCAUCGGGAGACUCGCGUCUACGCCGCCCAUCAGGAAGCAAACUCAUCACCCCCUACCCAACCGGAACAGCGUACAACACCCCCCGCAGCAGGGGACAGAGCCGACUCGCUGCUCGCCUUCCCCGGUUCUCUUCCUCGCCCACUCACUUGAUCCGGGACCUCAUCGCUCUCCUCCUCUUCGUUGGCCUAGUCACAGCCACUGAAGUGCAACACGCGAUCCAGCCUUACCUCCUACCUGGAGAAGACGAAGUAACGACUUUUGGCCAAAUGGCCGCCCUGUUGCUCGCUACGGCACCGCUGUGGAGUCUAGGGAUGGCGUGGUUUCGCGGUUACGAGGUGGGAGAAGGGACGAAGGAUGCAGAGCUCAGGCUGCCGCUUGUUGCGGUUCAGAGGCAGACUUGGGGGUUCGUCCAGGAUGGAGCUGGGGAGGGGCCGGACGAAGGGGAGAACGAGGAGGAGGAAGAGGAGCCUCGAGACAGGGGCAGGAUUCGGAAAGUCGUUCUCCUCUCUCCGCAGACAACACCAGACGAAUGGAGGAAGGUGCGAGAGGAGACGGAUGGUACGAGUUUCCGGUGCAUGGAGAAGCGGAGACGGAGGGUGGCCUGAUGCUGGUUCUUGAUUCUGCUGAGCAGUCUAGCAGCGAGAGCCAGGACCAAGACAUUGAAGAAGAAGCGCACGUGCAUGUCCUGCCGUUACAAGCAGGUGAUAUCUCCCGGCAAGAGGAAGAAGGCGACCAGUAUCCGGCAGGCGAAGAUGAGUUUGCCUACGCAGCCGGAACAACUUUCACACCACUUUCGCUUGUGGCGCCUGCAGGUCCGUUUUCAGACUUCCCUUCCCCCCUGGUGGGUUCGGCGGCUCGGACUCCAUCGGAAGGAAAUAGAGAUAUCGCACUCAGAGAGUUGCGACGAUAUUGAUUCAUCUGCUCACAUGUUGUCUGUUAUCCUGCAAUCCUGCAAUACCUUCCAAUUAGUACCGCUAUUGUAACCCAUCCAUGUGUAUAUCCACACUUUUAUUUAUCCCCCAAUGUGGUCCCAAUAUGUUCUACUGCCACUCAAUGCCCUGCCUCACACCCUCCCAUACGCAAUCUUCCCAUCGAUGAUGGUUGC